AUGAACAAUAUCGCCAGCGGACUUACGGCUGAGGCCAAGGCCAAUAUGCUUGCAAACCUCCAAAUCGAACUCAACUCGCGCAUUGAGAAGCUACGAGCCCAAUGCGAGGCUCAGUGCGCCAGUAUGCAGUCGCGCCUCGAGCGACGCGUCAACCGCAUUCCGAUCGUGACGCGCCAAACCACACUUGCCAACCUUCUCAAGGCGUCAGCACCAGUACAACCUAUCACCGCGCCUGCCCCACCAACCAAGGUCACAACAACUACCGCCACCACAACAACAGCAACUACCACUACUGCCGCCACCAAGAAGACAGCCGGUACUGGCACUGCUGGUCGCAAACCCCGCAAUGCUGUACCCAGCGCGCCUUCUUCACGACCCGCAUCCUCCCCAGAAGUGCGCAUCAAGUCGACUUCCAACCCCAAGACUACCAAGACUGUCCCCACAUACGCCAAAGCAACCAAGACGGCCCGAGCAAAGAAGCGCAGCAGCGACGAAAUGUCUGGCGAGGACAAGGAAAACUCUGAACUGCCUGUGCCCAAGAAGCGCACUAGAAAUGUUGCUCCCAAGGCCGCAACUGAGAAGACUGAGAAGGCGGAGAAGACGGCGACAGGCACCACACGUUCGACCCGGGCUGGAUCUCGCACCAAGCCUACGAGCGGCGGCCAUGUACUCUCUCCCAAGACCAAUGCAGCCAACGCGCGCAAGCCCGCUCCUGCUGCACGUAGCGUCCGCCCCCGGUAGCGCCCUUAGACGGACAUGGUUACGCACAGCAUUGGUUAAUUUUGGCGUUUGAUGAUGAUGAUACCCCCUCUCUUUUUUUUAAAAUGGCAUCUGGGCGGCGCUUUUUCAAAGUUUUUGAUUGUUUUGUUUUUUGUUUUUU